AGUAAAAGUCCCUGGUUCCGAAAAAACCACUACUACCGCUACCUACUUUCCCUAUAAAUACACCAUUUCUUUUUUGAAUAAUUACCAAAACGAAGAUCAAUUGCGAGGCGCUGUGGUUCAUGAGUUUACUCACCAUUAUCUCUACUCGACGAUAGGAAAGCAUAAUCAUGAUGACAACUUUUACUCUACCAUGGAGCGUCUGGAAAGUUGGUUGGAUAAAAAUCAGGGACUCAACCCUCGAACCGAUAAGAGCCACGACCGCGACCAGUAUGAAAAUGAUAGUAGUAGCAAUACUAAUGAUAAAAAAAAUAUUUGUCCGGAAU